ACAAUUAGUACUGUUUCGGGUGUCCGAGUAUGCGUGUUCACGGGAUUUUCGUCGUCUUGUCGACGAUUUAUGUGGGAUUUAGUAGUUGUGCUGUUAUUUCAGAUAUUGCAGCUGGGACAGACAUUUUGAAAGCAGAUCUCUUGGCAAAUGAAAUAAUCCACUCUGCAAAAUCAGGAGGUCAAUCUCUGAGUUUCACACGUGCGCUAGGCGAUUUAAUUUUGCCCACAGAAUGGCAGAGACAGGAUUUUGCGACUUUCGAGGGAAUCAAAGCGGGAGUCAUGUGUACAAUCUGCAAAGCAUUUUCAAAAGCUGUUCUAACUUUGAGACGAACUGGAACACCUGCAGACACAAUUCAACAUACAAUUGCUAAUGUCUGUACAUUAUUGAAUAUUCAAACGAAAAUUGUAUGCUAUGGACUUGUCAGACUCAAUACCCCAAUACUACUGCAUAUUAUCGAUAAUGACCCCACACUGAACCACAAUGACGUCUGUGGACUCAUCCUUCAGAAUCAGCAAUGCAAUCCUCCGCCUCCGAGAUAUAACUGGACGGUUGAAAUUGAUAAUAGCUCACCUUUGGUUUUUGACGUAGAGCCAUCAACAGAGAGCAUUAAAAUUCUUCAGAUAACUGAUAUACAUUACGAUCCUCUUUACGAGCCUGGUGGCAAUGCAAAUUGCGAUGAACCCACCUGUUGCAGGCGUGGACAGAAUAAAACUGGAGGCAAUGACAAAUCGGCUGGAUUUUGGGGAGAUUUUAAUAACUGCGAUGUUCCAUGGCACGCAGUGCUCGAUGCCCUAGAUGAAAUGAAGACUCGACAUGGCGAUGCGGAUUUGAUUUAUUUCACUGGUGAUAUUAUCGAUCACGGAGUUUGGGAGACGUCUCGUAGUGCGAACAGCCGAAGUCUCCACAAAAUUUUUAAAAAGAUGAAGGAGACUUUCCGAGAUCAUCCAAUCUAUCCAAUAUUUGGAAAUCACGAGCCGCAUCCGUUGAAUCAGUUCUCGCCUGAUGAUAUUGAUGAGGACAAUUUGUCCACUAAAUGGCUGUACGAAUUAUUAGCUGAUACUUGGAUCGAGGCUGGGUGGCUACCUGAAUCCACGAGAAAUACUAUUCUUCAGGGAGGAUUUUACACUGUCUCCCCGAAGAAGGGCUUCAGAAUUAUUGCUAUUAACAACAAUGUGGCAUACAUAUAUAAUUGGUGGAUGAUGUACAAACCGAAUGAUCUGAAUGGUCAGUUGAAAUGGUUGGCAGAAACAUUGCUCGAUGCUGAAAAAAAUGAGGAGAUCGUGCACAUCCUUGGGCACAUGCCAGGGGGUUCCCCGCACUUCCAACACACGUGGAGUCGAGAAUAUCGAAAGAUCGUUAACAGAUUCGCUCACAUUAUCGCUGCACAGUUCAAUGGACACACCCACAACGACGAGUUCAAUUUAUUUUAUCAUCCUGAUAAUAGAUCCAAAGUAAUUAAUGUCGCUUGGAAUGGUGGGAGUAUAACUCCGUACGCUAAUCUCAACCCUAAUUACAAGGUCUAUCAAGCAAAUGCCAAUACAUACGAAGUGGAAGAAGUAGAGACUUGGCUCUACAAUUUGACAGAAGCUAAUUUGACACCGAGUCAGCGACCGCGUUGGCAGAAAACUUAUUCAUUCAGGGAAGAAUAUGGUCUUGAUAAUUUAUCGAACGAGACUCUUCACGAUUUAAUUCUUGAUAUGACUCGGGGUAGAACGAGUCUGGACUCUUAUCACAAAAAUUUUUAUAAACAUGCUGAACCUGAAUUGGCGAAGGAAUGCGAUUGGGAAUGUCUGCAAGAUCACGUUUGCACAAUUGUCACUAGCAGCAGUGAUGACAAGAGUCAAUGCCAGUACUUUAGAAGUCAGAAUGAAAAACGUUCACCCUUGCCUAAUUUAGGAGAUCUCCCAUCCAUUCCAUCAAUCGCCAAGGACAAAAUUCUUGGGACGAAAAUCUUGAAGAAAUAAUACUUGGUAAACGUAGGGUAUCACUCCACCAUGCCCGAUUUAUUCCUAGUUUUUUUAGAACACAUCGUCUUUAAAGACGAAGGUUUACCUCUUUCUCCAUUAUUAUCCAUGAUUGUUCUUAGAAAUAAUAAAAUAUUCAGUAUUUAUAAA